CCGUAUUCAUCAAGUGAUACGCUCCCCGUUUAAUCAAUGAAAAUGCUACGUUGCUUUUCGCACGCGGAGACCAGAUUCGCGGCCCUGCUCUUCGCGCAGACACGCCCACAGCGGUGCUAUCACAGCGAAAAGGGCGUCUGGGGUUAUAAACCGAUUCCCAAGCGCGACUAUCAAGUGGCCGAGGAGGUGCGGGCGGCGCGGAACGCACAGGCCAACGUCUACCGUCUGGUGGAAGCCUUCCGCCAGCACGGACACAAAUUGGCAACCGUAAAUCCCAUCAGCAUCAAAGCGCCAGUGGCCACUGGCCAGAGUGGGACAGAGGAGCUCCAGGAAUUAAGUCCCGCAUUUUAUGGACUGCAGACACAGGAGACGGUGCGCACCGCUGGCCUCUUAAGUAGUCCGCAGAUGGCCCAGGACGUGGCCCAACUGGAACAGCUGCUCAAGGACAUUUACUGCGGCAGUGCAGUCAGCGCCGAGUUCUCCUAUGUCGAGAACCUGGAGGAGCGCGAGUGGCUGGCCAGGAACUUCGAGUCGCUGGAACAGCAGCACCAGCUGCCCGACACCGAGCGUCGCGAAAUCGCCGAGCUCUUAAUUAAGUCGCAGGCCUGGGAUAAUUUCAUGGCCCUCAAGUUUCCCACCGUCAAGCGCUACGGCGGCGAAGGAGCCGAGUCCAUGCUGGCCUUCUUCUGGCAGCUCCUGCGCGACAGUGUCCAAGCGAAUAUCGAGCACGUGGUGCUGGCGAUGCCCCACAGAGGACGAACACCGCUGCAGGCGGCGCUCCUCAACAUGCGGCCGGCGAAAGUUUUCCGCAAGCUCAGCGGCGCAUCGGAGUUCAGCGAGGACAUCGAGGCCAUGUCGGACGUCAUAAGUCAUUUCCAUGUUUCCGAGCAGCUGGAGGUGCUGGGCAGGCCGCUGAACUUCAGCAUGGUGCGCAAUCCCUCACAUCUGGAGGCUGCCAAUCCCGUGGCGAUGGGCAAGGCCCGCUCCAAACAGCAGACACGGGGGGACGGCGCCUUCGGCCCUGACAGUCAGCCCUUUGGCCAACACGUGCUCAACGUAAUCCUGCACGGCGAUGCGGCCUUUGCCGGCCAGGGCAUCAACCAGGAGUGCCUCAACAUGGCCUAUGUGCCGCACUUUGAGGUGGGCGGCAGCCUUCACUUGAUUGUCAACAACCAGGUGGGCUUCACAACGCCCGGAGACCGCGGUCGGUCCACGGCCUACACCUCCGACCUGGCCAAGUCCAUUCAGGCUCCCGUUUUCCAUGUCAAUGGAGACGAUCCCGAGGCUUUGGCGCGCAUCAGUAAGCUCGCUUUCCGAUACCAGCGAGAGUUCCGCAAGGACAUCUUCAUCGAUCUCAACUGCUUCCGUCGUUGGGGCCACAACGAGCUGGACGACCCCACCUUCACCAAUCCGCUGGUCUAUCAGAUUGUCCAUCAGCGACAGUCGGUGCCAGAUCUGUAUGUACAGCGGCUGGCCAAAGAGGAGGUUCUGUCGGAGUCUCAGGCCAAGGAGAUGAGGGACAACUACAUGAAAUAUCUGGGCGAGGAGCUGGCCUUGGCUCCCAGCUAUCAGCCGCCGCCCACGUACUUCGAGAAGCAAUGGGCAGGCCUCCAGUUGGCCCCGUCCAAGGAGCUCACGUACUGGGACACGGGUGUGGAUUACGGACUACUGCAUUUUAUAGGACAACAGAGCGUGAGCUAUCCCGCAGAUUUUAACAUCCAUCCACAUCUACAGAAGACCUUUGUGAAUGCUCGUCUGAAAAAGCUGGAGGCAGGAUCGAAAAUCGAUUGGGCCACUGCUGAGGCCUUGGCUCUGGGCAGCCUCAUGUACCAGGGCCACAAUAUCCGCAUCAGUGGCGAGGAUGUGGGGCGCGGCACCUUCUCCCACCGCCACGCGAUGCUGGUGGACCAAAAGACCAACGAGAUGUUCAUUCCUUUGAACAGCAUGGAGGGCGGCAACGGCGGCAAACUGGAGCUGGCACACAGCAUUCUGUCGGAGGAGGCGGUGCUGGGCUUCGAGUACGGCAUGGCCAUCGACAAUCCCCAGAACCUGAUCAUCUGGGAGGCCCAAUUCGGCGACUUUGCGAAUGGAGCCCAAAUCAUCAUCGAUGCCUUCAUUGUUUCGGGAGAAACCAAAUGGAUGGAGUCGAAUGCUUUGGUGAUGCUUCUGCCGCACGGCUACGAUGGCGCUGCCUCAGAGCACAGUUCGUGCCGCAUUGAGCGUUUCCUGCAGCUGUGCGACUCCAAGGAGACGUCCGCAGAUGGCGAUAGCGUCAAUGUGCACAUUGUCAGCCCCACCACACCCGCCCAGUACUAUCAUGUCCUGCGGCGCCAGCUGGCCAGGAACUUCCGCAAGCCAUUGGUGGUGAUGGGACCAAAGACGUUGCUCCGUCUGCCGGCAGCCACCUCCACGCACGAGGACUUCCAGCCGGGCACGCUCUUCCACAAUGUUCUCGGUGAUACUAAAGUGCAGGCGGAUCAGGUGCGAAAGGUCGUCCUGUGCAGUGGGAAACACUACUAUGCCCUGGCGGAGGAGCGUGAGAAGCGUCAGUCCUACGACACGGCCAUCCUGCGCCUGGAGUCACUCUGCCCAUUCCCCCUGCAGGAGCUGCAGGCACAGCUCGCCCAGUACGGUCACGUGCAAUCCUUCGUUUGGAGCCAGGAGGAGCACCGUAAUAUGGGCGCCUGGACGUUUGUGCGGCCACGUUUUGAAAAUUUAAUUGGCCAACAGCUCCACUACUGCGGUCGCUGCGAGGCCCCCACCCCGGCCACCGGCAUCGGCAAAGUGCAUAAACGGGAAGUUGAUGAGAUUGUUGCUGCCCCAUUUGAACUUUAGUUGAAGCCGGAUGCCCAUGCCUGCCCCACACAGCCGCACAGCCACACAGCAACCACCCUGAAGCUCCUACGACUACUCGUACUCUGCCACAGCCUGUCCGUAUAUCACAAAGUACUUUUAGCUCAAUAAAACUGCCAAAAAAAUAUAUAUAAA